AUGAGUCAUCUGAAGAAUGUGCUGAGACUUGUCGGUUGCUGUCUAGAAUUUGAACAACCAGUUAUGGUGUACGAAUAUGUCGAAGGUAUUUCUGUUAGUUAUCUACUUUUCAGAAAAGGUAAUCAUGAUGAUGAUCAAACUAGAAAAUUGUUAUUAUCUUGGGGAAAUAGAUUACAAAUUGCCAAUGAGGUCGCUUCUGCAAUCGUCUUUCUCCAUACCGAAUUUACAACGCCCAUCAUCUUCAAAGAUCUGAACCCAUCUAAUGUGAUAAUAGAUCAGAAUAGCGGUGUUGGCAAAAUAUUGGACUUCUCAUUAUCCAUAUCUUUGCCUCCAGGAAAAUUGGAAGUAGUAAAAGAUAUUAUCUCCAGAAAUGGAUGUUUAGCUCCGGAAUAUGCGAUCUCGGGUAUUGUUACUCAAAAAGCAGAUGUCUAUAGCUUCGGAGUUGUUCUACUUCAGCUACUAACUGGAGAGAAAAUGAAUUCAGAUUUUAAGAUGGUAGGCAUCGAAGAGAUCCAUGUAAUGGACAUAGCAGAUUCAGCCACUUUUGAAGAGCAUGGAAAUGAGAUUCGACAACAAUUGUUGGGAUCUUGUUAA